AUGGAGGGCUUUAACAAGAUCCUAAAAACCCUAGCUUUGUGCUUUGUUCUGCAAGUCACCACCUUCUCUCUCACCGUUUUUUCCCAACAACAACAGAAAUCCGAAAACGCCACCGUGAAAAUCAUGGUACAGAACGGACUGAAAAACCCGACACCGAACCGAGUCUUGUACCGUUGCUGGUCGAGGAACAAAGAUUUCGGGUGGCGAAGAUCUGUAAUAACAGGAUCCAGAUACACUUUCGAAGUUCCCGUCGUUUCUGUCGGAGAAGACGACAAAGUGAACCACGUCUGCCAUUUCCGAUCGGAACUAGGGUUCGUCAACAUCUUGAUUUCUCAGUCCAAUGCCCGGAAAUGCCGUAACUCGAUUUGUGUUCAUUUGGUAACGGCUAAUGGAAUAGUGUUUAGGGGAAUAGAUUUUUCAAAGGGCAAGUUCUCGAAUCCUAGAGCGGUUACGUACCAACAAUUGCCAUGGAGAAAAUUCCCGGGCCUCGUCCCUCGGAUACCAGUGGUCGGCAUGUCGGUUGGUUCCAAGGCUUAG